GUUGAUAAUCAUGUACAAGUGGGAACGUCCGGAGAAAAACAAAUGAGGUACAACAUCUUGGAGCUUAACGAGUACAACACAAGAGAGGACUGCAAUACUCUCAAAAUCCAAGACGUGGGGGGUCCUCUGAUUCAAAGCAAUCAGUUUCACAUCGAUUUCGUCUCAGACGCUUUUCGAUCUCAUUGGAAGCAAAAGUCUAAGUGGGUCAUCUUCUUCUUGUGGUUGAUAUACGGGUCGAAUUCAUCCCCAAAUUUUCUUCAAUAAAUUUUUAUUUUCUUGAGCUUUUAAUUAUUUGUAGAUUUUGCCUAUGUGUGCAUGUGGUGUUAAUUUAUCCGGUUAUCCGCAGUUUCUAUGGACACUCGUUUUUACCUUGACCAGAAGCUCCUAGUGACUUGAAUUCACAACCUUCGGGUUGAAACUGAGGGGUGCUUACCAUCCGAGCAACUCUCUCUUAUCAGUUCAACCUUGGAAGGAUUAAAGUAGAAAUAUUGCUCUUCGUGGGUGCUAGACUUGGGUUUCAACCUGCUGCUGAACUGUGGAUUGUGAACAAGAUUCAGGCCUAUCAACAACAAAAGAAAUUGUUUAGUACUGAAUUGACAUUUUCUUCUCUCGAGCUAUUAUUGGAGAAGAUUGAUUCUCGUGGAAAUAACUCUUGAAGAGCUUUUCACACAACAUGAUUGAGCAACAAGAACUGAAAUGUUGUCCAGACAAUGGUUGAUCAUGGAGAUGUCGUUCAAAGUAAUGUUCAAUUGACUGGUGAUAUGGUUGAUGCUGUAGACAAGGCAUGUCACAGUAGGGAUGGUGGAGUUUCUCGAUCUCCGAAGAGAAAUAUUACUGGAGUUGAAGAAAAUGCAGAUGUUGAGCCACAUGAUGGGAUCGAAUUUGAGUCCCAUGAGGCUGCAUAUGCAUUCUACCAAGAGUAUGCCAAGUCCAUGGGAUUCACAACAUCGAUUAAGAACAGCCGCCGCUCAAAGAAAUCAAAAGAAUUUAUCGAUGCUAAAUUUGCAUGUUCUAGAUAUGGCGUGACCCCAGAAUCAGAUACUGGCAGUAGUAGACGUCCUAGCCUCAAAAAGACUGAUUGUAAAGCAAGCAUGCAUGUUAAGAGAAAACGAGAUGGAAAAUGGUUUAUCCAUGAGUUUAUAAAGAAGCAUAAUCAUGAGCUUUUACCAGCCUUGGCUUAUCAUUUCCGAAUCCACAGGAACGUUAAACUUGCAGAGAAAAAUAACAUUGAUAUUCUUCAUGCAGUUAGUGAACGAACAAGAAAGAUGUAUGUUGAGAUGUCUAGACAAUGUGGUGGAAGUCAAGAAAUUGGCUUGCUGGCUAAUGAUUUAAAUUACCAAUUUGAUAAAGGCCGGUGCUUGUCAUUAGAAGAAGGAGAUGCGCAAGUUAUGCUAGAAUAUUUCAUGCAUAUCCAGAAAGAGAAUCCUUAUUUCUUUUAUGCAGUUGAUCUCAAUGAAGAUCAACGCUUAAGGAAUUUAUUCUGGGUUGAUGCCAAAAGUAGGAAAGACUAUGUCAGCAUUAGUGAUGUGGUUUUCUUUGAUACCAGCUAUAUGAAAAGCAAUGAGAAGAUGCCUUUUGCUCUUUUUAUUGGGGUAAACCAUCAUUGUCAACCUAUGUUGCUUGGAUGUGCACUUGUAGCAGAUGAGACCAAACCAACAUUUGUGUGGUUGAUGAAGACGUGGCUUAGAGCAAUGGAUGGGCAGGCUCCGAAAGUGAUAAUUACGGAUCAAGAUAAGUCACUCAAAGAAGCUAUUGAAAACAUUUUCCCAUGUUCACAUCACUGCUUUGCGCUUUGGCAUGUGCUUGAAAGAAUUCCGGAAAUACUUGCUCAUGUCGUAAAGCAGCAUGAGAAUUUCAUGGAAAAAUUCAGCAAGUGUAUAUUUAAGUCGGCAACUGAUGAGCAAUUUGAUUUAAGAUGGUGGAAGAUGGUCAGCAGAUUUGAACUACAAGAGAAUGAGUGGGUUCAUACACUGUAUGAGGACCGCAAAAAGUGGGUUCCAGCUUACAUGAGAGGCAGGUUUAUGGCUGGAAUGUCAGCAGCUCAACGAUCGGAGAGUGUAAGCUCCUUCUUUGACAAGUACAUUCAAAAGAAAAUCAGUCUCAAAGAAUUCAUGAGACAAUAUGGAAUGAUUCUGCAAAAUAGAUACGAAGAGGAAGCUGUAGCGGACUUUGAUACAUUGCACAAACAACCAGCUUUAAAAUCACCAUCGCCUUGGGAAAAGCAGAUGUCAACAAUUUAUACACAUGCAAUAUUUAAGAAAUUUCAAGUUGAAGUAUUGGGUGUAGUUGGAUGCCAUCCAAAGAAGGAAGCUGAAAAUGGAGAAAAUGUAACUUUUAGAGUUGAUGACUGCGAGAAAGAUGACAAUUUUAUGGUCACAUGGAAUGAGUCAAGAUCAGAUGUUUCUUGUUCGUGCCUUCUAUUUGAAUACAAAGGUUUCCUCUGUAGGCAUGCAAUGAUUGUACUUCAGAUGUGUGGUCUUUCAAGCAUCCCAUCUCAAUUUAUUUUGAAGAGGUGGACCAAAGAUGCGACGAAUGUGUUAACAUUUGAGGGGACAGAAAGAAUUCAAACCAGGGUACAAAGAUACAAUGAUCUCUGUAGAAGGGCAAUUUUGUUGGGUGAGGAGGGCUCUUUAUCCGAGGAGAGUUACGACAUUGCCUUCCGUGUCCUAGAUGAAGCUUUAAAGAACUGUGUGAAUGUUAACAAUAGAAGUUCUGCAUUGACAGAAUGUAGCAGCAGUGCUGUUGGACUUCGUGAUCUCGAAGGAGAUACUCAAGGAAUUCAUUUUACCAAAACAUGUAGGAAGAAAAGUACAAACAAGAAACGGAAGGUGCACUCUGAACCAGAAGCUGCAAUAGUUGAAGCUGAAGACAGCUUACAACAAAUGGAUAAUCUUACUGUGGGUGGAAUGACGUUGAAUGGCUAUUAUGGCACACACCAGAAUAUGCAGGGACUGAUACAGUUGAAUUUGAUGGAGCCUCCCCAUGAUGGUUAUUAUGUUAACCAACAGAAUAUGCAGGGACUGGGACACCUCAAUACAGCUACACCUGACCAUGAUGGAUUUUUUGGGUCUCAACAAAGCGUUCCAGGACUAGGGCAUUUGGAUUUUAGGCUGCCAAGUUUCACAUAUGGUUUGCAGGAUGAGCCUAGUCUAAGAGGUGCUCAGCUGCAUGGAAACAAUGCUAGACAUGCAUGAUGAUGAUUGCUUCUUUUGAUUGUGCGCUUCCUUUUGAAAGAGAGCUCAUCAAAUUUUUGUUAAUGGAUACCAAGUGUUUCCUGUUUCUAGAUUAGUUUGAUGACUGAAUUACUGUGGUUGACACUAAAGGCUGGAGCAGCAAGUUCCAAUUUUGAUGUCAUGCCUUGGUAGAUGGAUUUUAGGUUAUUGUUGUACCCUUUUCUCACAGCAGUGGAAGUUCAAGUUGGUUUACAAAACCAGAUGUAUAUCUUAAGUAAAUAUCAGAGAUGACGAUUCACAAUUUUUAGACGCCAAAGGAAAUUUGAAUUUUUUCAUGAGCCUAGUCUCCGUUUGUGUUUCCCUUGUUGCCGACUUCUCAUUACUCAUGGUGGAAGCUGUUAUUUCGUGGCAUCACUUAUUGUCCUAGGUUCAGGGACUCUAUCCACCUUUGAAUUAUUAUCCAAGGAGUAUAACUUUUUAAGUGAGAAUGUAAGCGAUUUUUCUAUCCCAUCAGGUCGUCAUUUACAAAUUAUUCACUUCGAAAAUUUUUGGAUUAGCAACUUGAAAAAUAAGACUGCAAACCUUGUAUUGCAGGUUAAACUGCACUGUUGUAAAAUUUUAUGUCCGUGGCGAUAAGUUUAAUCUUCCUUCAAGAAUAUGAUGCCAUAACCAACUUUGAUUAGUUGAAUGUGUUCCAU